UUUGCCGAGUAUUCACAGAGCAACAUGUUUAACGUGGGAACAUUGAAACUGCUUGCAAUAAUUGCUUUCCCUGCAAUUAUUCUGCCAGCCAGAGGAGGUGCCACUUUGAAACCAUGUAUAUGUAAAGUGUCUGGUGACCCUCACUACAGAGCGUUCGAUGGACAAAUGAUACAUUUCAUGGGCACAUGCAAAUAUACACUGGCUACUAUUAAGAAGGGACCGAAUAAUACCUACUUUUCUGUUGAAGUAAAGAACGAACACCGAGGGAAUAACCGUAUAUCUUGCACACGUUUAGUGGAUGUCAAACUCACUGAUUUCACAAUUCGUCUGUUGCCAGCUAACAAAAUCUUGAUAAAUUCAGAAGAGAAAUCGUUACCCGUAAGAAAUUAUAAAGAGUUUUCAGCCACGUACUCUGUCGGGUGGAUUACAGUUACCACUGAAUGGGGUUUGAAGGUCAUGUUUGAUGGUAGACACAGAGUCACUGUUACAUUACCACCAAUAUUUGCCGAUCAACUGACUGGAAUCUGUGGAGAUUGUAACGGAGAAAAAGACGACUUCCGUACGAAAUCUGGUGAAGAUGUUUCUCAGAAAGCAAAUAAAUUUUCUUCAAUUGGUGCCAGUUACCAAGUUGAAGACGACAGUGAUAAACCCGAAACAAAAUGCAAAGUGAAUGAUGUUAAUUCGACUUGUUCAAAGGAGCAGACAAAAGAAUGUGAUUUCAUGAAUGACAAAAUCUUUGAAGCCUGCAUUGAAAAGAUCGGAGCUUCGCGUCUAGAAGAAUACUUGGAGUCUUGUAGAAUCGAUGUCUGUAGUUAUCACAUGAUCCUACGAACCACCACUCUGUUUUCUGUCAAAUCAUUGAAGGUUUUGCUACAGAAUGCGAAACUGUGGGAAUUUUCGUUAAUUGGAGAGAAAUAUCACAAUGCCCGAUGAAAUGCAAGGAAAAUGAAGAAUUUCAACACAAGACUAGCAGCUGCCAACCUUCGUGCGCUAAUAGAUCACCGAUGUGCACAGGUUCAAGUCAAGGUUGUGUUUGUAGACAAGGCUUUAUUCUGAGUGGUGAACAGUGUGUACCUGAAACAGAAUGCGGUUGUAUCGACAACAAGAUAUAUAUGAAGGUUAAUGAGGAAAUUAUAUCAGCAGAUUGUAAAACAAAGAAAAUAUGUAAACCUGGUAACGAAAUCGUAACAGAAGAUAUCACUCCUUGUGGUGAAAACAGCCACUGCGGAAUUGAAAGAGGGAAAUAUGCCUGUGUUUGUAACGAAAAUUUCAUUCUUCAUAAGGGAAAGUGUGUUCACA